AUGUCUGAAAUUAUGGAUUGUUCAAUAAUGGAAUCUGUUGCCACAUAUUUCCCUCUCCAAUUAUAUCUUAUCACUAUCUCAAUUUUAUCUCUAAUUAAUAUUCCCCUAAUGAUUUACUUAAUUUUUCGAAUUUUCCAAAACUCACUUUAUCACAUCAAUGCUCGAAUUCUUCUUCUGGUUCACAUUUUUUCGCUCCUAAUCCAUUCUAUAGAUCGUGUUUUAUAUCAUGGAUCAGAAAUCUACAAAUAUCUUAUCAUUUUGCCAACAGUAUCUUCGGCUUGUGAUAUUUUAUCAUCACCGGAAAGAUGUUUCGGCUUUCGGAUAAUUUUCAAUUGCUCUUUAUGGUUUGCUAAUUGUAGCACACCGGUUUUAAUAAUUGAAAGAUGUAUGGCAACGUGGAAAAUUUCCACGUGGCAAAAAGAUCGAUUUAGUUGGAUUUGGAUGAUUGGAAUUCAGAUUAUGUUUUGUAGUGUUUUUGCGGCGAUGGUUUAUUGGCAUUUUAAAUUGGGAACUGUCAAGUAUUAUUGUUUAGCAACGAAUUAUGGUAAGUUAGAGUUUGGAUAUGUUUGAUCUACAAAACAUUACUAUCAUUUCGAAUUCCCUGGAAAGAAGUAGAGUUCUAACGAAGAAAAUUUAUAACGACACUCCGCAUUUACACCACAUUUUUUUCCAGGAUUCCCUCUAAAUUCCGUGAUCUCCGCUGCAUUUUCCAAUUCUUUCAAUUUAGUUUCAAUUUGCAUUUUCCACUAUCUUCUUCGGAAAAACGAAAGAAUUCGAGAAAAACUUCAUAUCUCUGGAUCAACUCUUACAAAUCGAUAUCAAGUCGAAGAAUCGCUUCGAAUUUUGGAAACCUUAGAAUAUCCUAUUUAUUGUAUGUUCCUAUUACCUUUCCUAUACAACUCGAUUAUUUUUGUGGUUCUCAUUAAUAGCACUUCAAUGUCUCUGCCAUUUUUCUAUUUCAUUUUCGAACUCGCAAUUUGUGUUCCUGAAUAUGCGUUCAUUUUUGCCUGUGUUUUUAUAUUUUCUGAAAAUCGUGUGGCACAAAGACAAACUAAGCAAUUGAAAAGUUUGAUGGCAAUUCAACCACAAGCAUAUUUUGAUAGAUAUCAAACGUCAUGGAGUUAG